CGGAGAAGAGGGCACACCAUGGCAGCGCCCCGCGAGCUCGCCCGAAUCAAUGACAAGCCCGGCCAAGGUGGGGCAAGUCAACCCCCCGCGGCGGGCCCGGACUGCCGGGGUCGCCCUGGCCCUUCUUCGCCGCGGGACUGCAACUGCCGUGGCUGCUGGGGAGACCUGGUGCUGCAGCCGCUCCGGCGCUCCAGGAAACUUUCCUCCGCGCUGUGCGCGGGGUCCCUGUCCUUUCUGCUGGCGCUGCUGGUAAGGCUCGUCCGCGGGGAGAUCGGCUGCGACCCGGAGCAGAGUAAGGAGGCGGCGGCGGAGGAGGAGGAGGAAGCGCCCCCGGGAGCAGAAGGGGGCGUCUUCCCGGGGCCUCGGGGAGGUGCUCCCGGGGGCGGCGCGCCGCUCAGCCCCUGGCUGCAGCCCACGGCGCUGCUCUUCAGUCUCCUGUGUGCCUUCUUCUGGAUGGGCUUGUACCUCCUGCGUGCAGGGGUGCGCCUGCCUCUGGCCGUCGCGCUGCUGGCCGCCUGCUGCGGCGGGGAAGCGCUAGUCCAGAUAGGGCUGGGCGUCGGGGAGGAUCACUUACUCUCGCUCCCGGCCGCGGGGGUGGUGCUCAGCUGCUUGGCCGCCGUGACAUGGCUGGUGCUGAGGCUGAGGCUGGGCGUCCUCAUGAUCGCCUUGACUAGCGCGGUCAGGACCGUGUCCCUCAUUUCCUUAGAGAGGUUCAACGUUGCCUGGAGACCUUACCUGGCGUACUUGGCCGGCUUGCUGGGGAUCCUCCUGGCCAGGUACGUGGAGCAGAUCUUGCCGCAGCCCGAGAAGGCGGCCACGAGGGAGCAUUUUGGGUCUCUGACUGCUGGAACCAAGGAAGAUAUCCCGGUGUUAAAGAGGAGGAGGCGGUCCAGCUCCGUGGUGUCAGCCGAGAUGUCGGGCUGCAGCAGCAAGUCCCACCGGAGGACCUCCCUGCCUUGCAUACCAAGGGAACAGCUCAUGGGACAUUCAGAAUGGGACCACAAACGAGGGCCAAGAGGAUCACAGUCUUCAGGAACCAGUAUCACUGUGGAUAUUGCCGUGAUGGGUGAGGCUCACGGCCUCAUUACCGACCUCCUGGCAGACCCUUCUCUGCCCCCGACCGUGUGCACGUCCUUGCGGGCGGUGAGCAACCUGCUCGGCACCCAGCUCACCUUCCAUGCCAUCCACAAGCCCAGAGUGAAUCCUGCCGUUUCCUUCAGUGAAAACUACACCUGUUCUGAUUCUGAAGAAAGCUCUGAAAAGGACAAGCUGGCUGUUCCUAAGCGCCUGAGAAAGAGUUUACCCCCCGGUUUGUUGAGACGGGUUUCGUCGACUUGGACAACCACCACCUCAGCCACAGGCCUACCCACUUUGGAGCCUGCCCCAGUGCGGAGGGAUCGCAGCGCCAGCAUCAAACUGCACGAAGCACCUUCACCCAGCGCUCUUAGUUCUGAUUCGUGGAAUAACCCAGUGAUGAUGGCCCUCACCAAAAGCAGAUCCUUCACUUCAUCGUGUGCCAUUUCUGCAGCUAACUAUGUAAAGGCUAAAAAACCAAAUCGACCAGGUGCCCUCACUAAAAUUUCACCUCUUUCAUCGCCCUGUUCCUCACCUCUCCAAGGCACUCCAGCCAGCAGUCCAGUCAGCAAAAUUUCUACAGUUCAGUUUCCAGAAUCUGCCGACACAACUGCCAAACAAGGCCUAGGUUCUCACAGGGCCUUGGCUUACACUCAGAGUGCCCCGGACCUCUCUCCUCAGAUACUCACUCCGCCUGUUAUAUGUAGCAGCUGCGGCAGGCCAUAUGCCCAAGGCAACCCUUCGGACGGGCCCCUGGAGAGAAGUGGCACAGCCAUUGGGACAUCAAGCAGAACAGAUGACACUGCUCAAGUUACCUCCGAUUAUGAAACCAAUAACAACAGUGAUAGCAGUGAUAUUGUACAGAAUGAAGAUGAGACCGAGUGCCCCAGAGGGCCGCAGAGGAAAGCAUCGGCCUGUCGCUCCUACACGCCUGAGGCCAUGAUAUUUUUGGACAAACCAAUUCUAGCUCCUGAACCUCUUGUCAUGGAUAACUUGGACUCAAUUAUGGAACAGCUAAAUACUUGGAAUUUUCCCAUUUUUGAUUUGGUGGAAAAAAUAGGAAGAAAGUGUGGCCGUAUUCUUAGUCAAGUAUCAUACAGACUUUUUGAAGACAUGGGCCUCUUUGAAGCUUUCAAAAUUCCAGUUAGGGAAUUUAUGAACUACUUUCAUGCUUUGGAGAAUGGAUACAGGGAAAUUCCUUAUCAUAACAGAAUCCAUGCCACUGACGUCUUACAUGCUGUUUGGUUUCUUACUACACAACCUAUUCCAGGCCUCGCAACUGUGAUUAAUGAUCACGGAUCAGCAAGUGAUUCAGAUUCUGACAGUGGGUUUACCCAUGGACAUAUGGGAUAUGUAUUUUCAAAAAUGUACAGUGUGCCAGAUGAUAAAUACGGCUGUCUGUCUGGAAAUAUCCCCGCCUUGGAGUUGAUGGCCCUGUACGUGGCUGCAGCCAUGCAUGACUACGAUCACCCAGGAAGGACCAAUGCAUUCCUGGUUGCGACUAGUGCUCCUCAGGCGGUGCUCUAUAAUGACCGUUCAGUUCUGGAGAAUCAUCACGCAGCUGCUGCAUGGAAUCUUUUUAUGUCCCGGCCAGAGUAUAACUUCUUAGUUAACCUUGACCAUGUGGAAUUUAAGCAUUUCCGUUUUCUUGUCAUUGAAGCAAUUUUGGCCACUGAUUUGAAGAAACACUUUGACUUCAUAGCCAAAUUUAAUGCCAAGGUGAAUGAUGAUGUUGGAAUAGAUUGGACCAAUGAAAAUGAUCGUCUGCUAGUUUGUCAAAUGUGUAUAAAGUUGGCCGAUAUCAACGGACCUGCUAAAUGCAAAGAGCUCCAUCUUCAGUGGACAGAGGGUAUUGUCAACGAAUUUUAUGAACAGGGCGAUGAAGAGGCCAGCCUUGGGUUACCAAUAAGCCCCUUCAUGGACCGUUCUGCUCCUCAGCUGGCCAACCUGCAGGAAUCUUUUAUCUCUCACAUUGUGGGUCCUCUGUGCAACUCCUAUGAUUCAGCAGGACUGAUGCCAGGGAAAUGGGUGGAAGACAGUGAUGAGUCAGGAGAUACUGAUGACCCAGAAGAAGAAGAGGAAGAGGAGGAAGCAGCACCAAAUGAAGAGGAAACCUGUGAAAAUAAUGAAUCUCCAAGAAAGAAAACUUUCAAAAGGAGGAAAAUCUACUGUCAAAUAACUCAGCACCUCCUGCAGAACCACAAGAUGUGGAAGAAAGUCAUGGAAGAGGAACAGCGGUUGGCGGGAAUCGAAAAUCAGUCCCUGGACCAGUCUCCCCAACAGCAUUCCUCAGAGCAGAUCCAGGCCAUCAGGGAAGAAGAAGAAGAGAAAGGGAAGCCGAGAGGAGAGGAGCGCGGAACCCCAAAGCCAAACCAGUGACAAUGGAUAGAAUGAGCUCUGUCUCCAAACCGAGUGACUUGUCACAGACUCUCUUCAAGCCAGCACAACACUUAGACACAACACUGUAGAAAUACAAGAAGAUUGGCAAAUGGCUAUUGCAUUUGGGGAUUCUUCGCAUUUUAUGUGUUUAUUUUUACAGUGAGGUACAUGGUUAAAAACUCUUGUUCAGAGAAGCUUUCACGUCGCAACACCAGCUUCUAUGGAUUUUUUAAAGGAAGAAAUAUGUGUGUGUGUGUACAUAAGCUCACACGUAGAUACAUGUAAAACAUAUUCACACACAUACACACACACAUACACACUGAAAGCCAGAAUUACUGGUUCCACAAUUUAGUAAUAUUCAUAUUAAGAUAUAUAGUGGUCACUGUGAUAUACAAUAAAUCAGAAAAGAAAAAUAAGUGAAAACAAAGGAAAUGGUGAGGCUUAGCAGGGGAACAGUGCAGUAAAUGCAGGUUACAACUAAGAAGCUUAGUUGCUCUUAGUGCUAAGGGAUGAAAGUUCCAGAGAAUUAUUUGAAUUCUUACACAUCCUGCCAACAUCGUGUGUGCGUGUGUGUGUGUGUGUGUGUGUGUGUGUGGAGAGAGAGGAUGAAAGGGGUGUUUGUGGGUAUGUAUGUCUAUGUGUAUGUACAGAGAGAGUCUUGUGUUAGUAGUUAAUAGAAUUCCAGCAGCAGACAACUCAACACAUGUGAACAAGUGGAAGGAAGUUCACUCUGGAGUGUCUUUGAGGGGCAGCCAUUCCAAAUGCUUUCCUGCAUUUAGCUUCAAUAAAGGUCCUCUGUAGGGGCUGGGUGAGGGCCGUGUGAUGGUACUACUGCAAAACACCACUUGGAGGCUCUCUAUCACCGGCCUUAAGCGUGGAGGACGGAGGCAUUUUCCAAUCUACUCGCCUAAUGAAUGUAUAGGAGCUCUUUGUGAGUAUGUCACAUCACCAUGGAAGGGGAUGGCAUUCUUUAUGCAUACACGCCUAGGAAGAGCUGGAGUCAAGUCUUUUAAUACGGUUAGAAUUCUAAAAGAUUUCCAGAGAAGUCCUGGGAAAUUGCUCUUUAUAGUGAUCUCCCAUGUCUUAAUCUGGCACAGUGUAUGGUAGGAAAAGGAAAAGGAAAGGAAGGCAAGCAGAAACUGUGCAAGAGAGGAAGGGGAAAAUUUCACCCUAGGGUUUGGUGUUUGUGGACAUAGUGAAAGUUCGAUUCCUGGCAACUGUGCAGAUUGGCUUUUGGGUGGCAGAGGGCCCACUGCCCAGCCCUGCUGUGGUAUUCCACGUGCUGUGUGAUGGGGUGGCUUCUAUCUGCAGUCUGGCCGGUUGUCGUGCUGCUUUGGGCAGGGAAGAUGAAAGAAGAAUUUUGGGGACUGGGCCUAUUAUUGAAAGUCUUUUUGGUUUUGUUUUUUUUUUGGUUUAUUUGUUUAUCUACACUUGUUUAUGCUGUGAGCCAAACCUCUAUUUAAAAAGUUGAUACUCACUUUCAAUAUUUUAUUUCAUAUUAUUAUAUUUGUCAUGAAUAGUUAUCUCGAUGUAAAUAUAAAGAUUCUUUUUGUUUCUGUAGAUAGUAAACUUUUUUUAAAAAAGGGAAAAUGAAACAUUUUUAUAAAGUUAUAUUUUAAUCACCAUUUUUAUACAUUGAAGCUUUCUCCAAGCCCAGUAAGAGAGUGAGGAUUCAUUUGCAUGGAGGUCUGUGGACAGCCACUCUUCUACCUGCUCUAAUAGAAAUGAAACUCUGAUGCAGUUAUCGUGUGCCAAUUAAAUGAGGAUGCUGCAAGAAUGUUUUUUCACCAGUAACUUUUGCUAACUUUUGGGUCCAUGCCUCCCAAGAGAAAGACUUUUUAACCCAUACCACAAGUUUACCACUGGUGUCCAGUUCCUCCCAGCACUUCGGUUGUAGCUCUUCCUUCAAUAGUAUAUACAAAUCCGCUCCUCAUCCAAACAAGCUUCUCCGUAACUCUUGAUUGUGAUUUCUACUUUUUAUUUCCUCUGAAGUCAUUGAAAAGAGUGUUUACAUUAAAAAUGCCUUUGUUUCUCAUCAAUAGUUCAUUUUCCCUUCUGAAGCAAUGAUUUAAUCAGGUUAGAAUUCUAAAAAGUUUCCAGAGAAGAGCUGGGAAAUUGCUCUUCAAAUAGGCAAUGAUAAUACAAUAAAAACACACCAUGAUUUCAAGGCAGAUCUCCUAGUAAGCAGGAAAAUAUGGGAUGGAUGAAAUUGUUGCAGACCCUACCUAAAGGAAAAGAAUAAUUGCUUUUUUUUUUCCUUGAGUUAACACCAGGUCUUCAUUAUUUAGGACUUAGUGAGUUGUUUUCCGUUUUCUUAGUAUUGCCUGUGUGCCUUUAUGUUUGCAAAAGUUACUGUAAGUCAAAUACAUUUCCCUAGUUACCUGCUCUCCUCCCCUUGCAAAUAAGAGAAAGGAAAAAAAAAAGGAUUUAUAUUCACAUACCUCUUGUAUCUAAUUUCUUAACCAAACCAAUGUUUUCUCCUUCUCCAAAUGCCAUACUUCUCUAAAAUAAAUAUAAAUCAAGGAAAAAUCUAGGUGUGGCACAUCCGUAGAAUGGCAAGACAGCAGGUGUGAGUCUGGAACUGUCUAUUUGCAGCUUCAUCCAAGCUACAUGGCCCCAAGCCUGGCUGCCAGAACAGAAAUCUUAGCAGACUGCCUGGUUUCUUUUGUUUUGUCUUAAAGUACAUGAAAUAAUGAUGGCCAAAGCAGUUAGAACCUCUUCAUUCCAGAACUGUGUUUAUCAGUCUAGGAAGACUGAUCAUUUUUUUCUUAAAAAAUAAAUUACCUAUAUAUUAAAGCUAGAAGUCAAUUGAGAUAAAGGAAUGGAGAUGAUUCACCACGGUCAUGGCUAUCAUACACACCCAAUAUAUCCCAAAAGAUGCCUAGGAAUUUAGGAAGAUAUUUUCUGCUAGUGAAGUUCUCCCCUUCCUUGGUGACAGCAAUAUUAUUGUGUUCACUUCCAACUCCAGCACUUAAUUUCUUAAAGUGUAUUUGUUGCAUUUACUACAUUUUUAUAUGAGUCUAAUUAUAGGUGCCAUUGGAUCAACUCAGGUCUUUCAAAUGGAAGAAUCUCUAGCCCAUUUAGGGAAAAAGAUAAUUGUAUAGAACCAAUGGUAGGAAGAGUUGGAACUGAACACCCUGAUGCUAGUGGUUGUUCACAAAAAGUCCAGGUAUAACACAAGUGUUCCCAACGCUAUCUCCAGCUCACUGAGAGGAUGUCUUUUCCAGUUGUCUAUCUAAACCAAUCCUCAAAAUAUCCUUUGAUGAAAACACCACUUUACACAUUCUUUAAAAAGUUGCUUUUCUCAUUUACACAAGAACCGGUUUUAUUCUCAGAAGAUGAAGACGGUAGCUCCGCACAGGGCUACGUCUAUCUCGAUCUUCGUCUAACGGGUCAUUUCCUCAUAUUAUACUCAAGAAAAUACCCAUUUUCUAAAAGCAGAAUACCCAAUUCUUUCUGGUCCAUUUGGAUGGAAUUCCAGAACAAAUUCUAACCAUUACAAUCCCAGUACUAAAGAAAAGGGAUUGUGUGUCACGUAGACUGUUCACAGUACAUGUAUGUGUCGCGAUUUCCUCAUGUCCCCUGCCUCUCUUGGGUCGUGAUUUCCCAGUGUCCCUGUCACUUUCCCAGAGAACUUUCUUUGAAGGUAAAAGCUGUGCAAAGGCAUGAGACUCAGGCCUAUACUUUGUUUAAAUGAUGGAAAAAUAUAUAAAUUAUUUUCUAAGUAAUAAAGAUAUGAACAUUAUCAUUGUAAAUAAAGUUUAAAGUUUGAAAUGA